CGCGCUGUGAAAGUAAAUCCAGGAGGAGGUCGAGGUGAUCAAAGCCACAUAAUGUCAGUAGUUCGUUCAUCCGUCCAUGCCAAAUGGAUCGUGGGGAAGGUGAUUGGGACAGCAAUGCAAAAAACAGCUAAAGUGAGGGUGACCAGGCUUGUUUUGGAUCCCUACUUAUUAAAGUAUUUUAAUAAACGAAAAACCUACUUUGCUCAUGAUGCUCUUCAGCAGUGCACAGUUGGGGAUAUCGUGCUUCUCAAAGCUCUACCUGUCCCACGAACAAAGCAUGUGAAACAUGAACUGGCCGAGAUCGUUUUCAAAGUUGGACAAGUCAUAGAUCCAGUGACCGGAAAACCCUGUGCAGGAACUACCUACCUGGAAAGCCCAGUCAGCUUGGAAACUACCCGCUUAACCAAAAACCUGGAAGAACUGAAUAGCUCUUUAGCACAGUGAAGGACGAUUGGAAGGAGACAAAGGGAAAGAUUUAUAAGUUUGCUUUACAGAAAAAGAAAUUUUUCUAAAUUUCAUUACAAACUGUCCAAUUUCUCUUCUGGUAUUUAUGGAAUAGCUAAAAGUAAAUGAAGUAAAGGCCUUGUUAAAAUUUUUCAUGAGUGUAAGGUCAUGUUUGAAAUUUCCUUUUCAUUGAACAUACUUUCCUCUUACAGGAAGUGUACCUAGUAAUCCCCUGCAUGGUUUUGUAAGCUCACUUUU